AUGGCGGAGACUACUAUAAAUGUCAUGUCGGAAGAUUUAGAAGACGGCGAGAUUGAGAGUGAAGGUGAAGAAGCGAAUGAAAUUGUAAAUGAUAUUAAAGUUGAAGAAUUAAAUACAAACAAUGAACAAAAUCCAGGUAUCGAUAAAGCAGAACAGCAACAGGUUUAUUAUUCGAAAUCAGGUAAGAAAAAGAAAUCAAAAUCACAUAAAGGUGAGCAGAAGUUUAAGGAUAAAAGUAAAAAGAGUCGCAAAUAUGCUAGUCCAGUCGACGAUGACUUUGCUGGUAAUAUUGAAAAAGCAAUUAGGAAAGCUAUGAAUAAGAACGAUGAUAACGAAGAACAAACUGGUGAGGAUGUUGAAGAACGUCGUAAAUAUAAAAAAAGAAAGAAACACGACAGUAAAGAUGGGUCGAGUAGAAAACGUAAAAAACAAGAAUAUUCUGAUGAAGUAGAUGAAAGUGAGAUGAUGUGCGUCAGAGGUGCGUCGCCCGUACAAAAACAUUCUCCGGCUGAAGAAUACGAAGAUAAUGAUAGCUCAUACGCUUCUGACAGCAGUAACGAUUCCAGGGGUCACCAGCAGCAACGCACUCAGAGACAACGGCCGUCUCAGCGUGAUCGUAAUAAAAAUAAUAAAAAUGAUAGGAGAAGAGGUACACACCCGAUGCAAGAUCCUGACGGCGUUUGCUUAUACUACAUGCAAGGAAAAUGCCAUAAAGAAAACACUGAAUGUCAAGAGAGAAGUAUUCCGUCUCUUUUCGAAUUAAAUAUUCCCAAUCCUCAAAAUGCUCCGGAUAGCUUCCAAAUGAACCAAUAUAACAACGAAAGGCAAAAGGUAUCACCGAAGGUACGGCAGUCGAGAUGGCAAAACGAAGGCUCAAAUCCGAACUUUGGAAUGAACCUGUCACCUAAUGGUAACACCAGCACAAGUAACGUUCUUAAUAUUAAAAAUUUAACAGGAGUAUUAACGCCUAGACAAAUUUCAGAUCUUACCAAAAUGGGUAUAGAAAAUUUAGAUCAAUUAGGACAGUUAACAGUAUUGCAGUUAAAUAGUAUUGGUAUUUCCUUAAAACAAAUAACAGAAAUACAACUAAACACAAUGAGUAUACAAAAGUUAGGUUUAAUUAAUAAUAUCGAUCAACAGCCUCAACCAUUCAUAGGGCAAGGCGCCGGUGCUAAAGACUUAGACCUUAGAGUGCCGCCUGUAGUUCCAGUUUCAAAUAAUGUUCCUGUUUCAGCCGAAUUGCCUGGGCAGGAUAUUGAUAUGCGUUUUCAGCCAAGUGUAUCGCUUCCGAAAGUUGAUGACUCCGCGACUACAACUACAGCAAAGGACGUGCAACCUAAUAAGGAUAUGAUUGAUAUAGAUCAGUACACUAAGGACGCCUUGAAGUUUGCUAUGAAGGAUAAAGAAAAUAUUGACAUCUCAAACGAAGCGUUUGAAAACGAGAAACCUCUUAUUACAACUGAGUCUAAAGACGUAGAUCACAGGGUGCUUCCAUUCGCCGAUGAUGACCCGAGAACACGUCAUUCUAAAAUAGACGACAAGCCAAUGCAAGCAGAGUGCGAUACUGACAUAAGAUUUCUCCAACCCGAACCGUUGUUUAAAAAUCCCGAUAAGCGACAUCGUAGAUCAACUACAGAUGAUGAAGAUAAUAAUCUUUUGAUCGACGAAAAAUGGUAUUCUAGUGAUGAAGAAAAGGGAAACAGAAGGAAGUCUCCGGCGUCAUCACCUCGGAAAUUUUUAAUGUCACCACCAGCUCCCGCGCCUCAUGUAAUAGAACCUUCGGCCGUUUUAAGUAGGCUCGGGGACUUGUCAAAAAUCGACAUAAGCGAGGAGGUGACAAAGUUGCUUAACACUAUGAAAAAUAAUUUACAAGACGGUAAAAAAAGUACUUCAGAAGCAGAAACUCACACCUCACGGGAUCCCCGAUCUAGACGAUCUCCAGAUAGAAUAAACGAUAAUAAUAAAUCUCAUAAAAAGGUUCCGCGAGUAUCGAUUUAUGAAUGCAUAGACGGAGAGCCUACCGACGGGCGCCGAAGAACCGACGUUGAUUUACGACAGUCUGAAUAUAAAUUGCCUGCUUUUGGUGACACAGAUUUGCGCCAAAGUACAAGCGGAGAUAUAGAUUUUCGGUUAGGAUUACCGUUUAAGCCCAUACCGAAUUACACACCUGCUUCCGAAAUAAAUGGCUCUAUCAAUAGUCAUCCACCAAUUACGUAUAAACUAAUACCUAUUGACAUACCCCGGCCAGACUACACCGAUAUCAGAAAUAGCACUGCUAAGUCACAAGCUCUAGUGGACCCUAGGCUGCGGAAAGUGUUUAGAUUGUCGGUGGACGAAUCCCACAGUGAUGGUGAGAAGCCUACCAAGGUAACUAGCACAGCGCCGCGGGUCGAUCCAAGACGAAAGCCGAAAGAACCAGAUAAUCCUAGUCAAGAGCAAAAAUCUAAUUCACUGGAUUUGCAAACAAUACUUCAAAGUUCCAAUUGGUAUAAAGACUUAAGUUCUACGCAAAAAAUAUUUGUAAAUCAACACUUGGCGCCAGUAACACAAAUGAUAAAGCAGCACCAGCAAGAGAAGUCAUCUGGUAAAAAGUUUGAUCUCUCUUCUAUUAAAAGUAAUACAGUUUUGUGUAAUAUUUUUACGAAUUUAGGUAUAUCUUUAGGGGAGAAUGGUGAGUAUUCAUAUUUGCCGAAACCGAAGGAGGCUUUAUUAAAAACUCCCAUUAACUUCAAUCAAAAUACAAUACCUUUCGGUAUGAACAGUAAUAUGAACGCACCCGGUCCAAUGGAAGCAAAUAUGAAUAUGAUGAAUAUUCCGCCUAUGGGUAUGGGGGGUGUUGCCAAUAUGAACAAUUUAAACGUAGGUCACAUGCAUAAUUUUAAUCAGCCGUUACCAGAUCCCCGAGGAGGUCCAACGCCCGGUUUGCUCGGUAUCGCACCUAAUAUACCUCAUAAUUUUAACAACUUUGGUGGGCCGAAUAACUACGGGAACAUGCCAUUCAAUGGUCCUCCACCGGGUAACAACGACUUUAACUAUAUGGACGGAGAUCAAAAUUUCCAGCGAUUUCCUAACAGAGGUGGACACCGUGGAAGAGGGAACGACCGGUGGAAUCGCGGAGGCUCUGGGAGAGGGCACAGAGAUAGAAAAAACUUCAAUGACCGCGGUAAUUGGAAAAAUGAUAGAAAUUAG